AUGAACCCUUACUUGGAUACAGACAAAAUGACAGUUGAAAAUCAACCUAAAAGACCAAAUUUCCUUAUAAUAGUCGCUGAUGAUUUAGGAUUUACGGAUUUAUCACCAUUUGGAGGAGAAAUCAAAACACCAAAUUUGAAUAAAUUAUCAACUGAAAAUGGUAUAAGAUUAACUGAUUUUCAUACCGCGUCUGCAUGUUCACCAACAAGAUCAAUGUUAUUAAGUGGUACAGAUAAUCAUAUUGCAGGAUUAGGACAAAUGGCAGAAUUUGCAAUAAAACAACCAAAAUUAAAAGGUAAACCAGGUUAUGAAGGUUAUUUAAAUGAUAAAGUAGUUGCAUUACCUGAAAUCCUAAGGGAUAAUGGAUAUUUUACUUUUUUAUCUGGUAAAUGGCAUUUAGGGUUGAAAAAACAAUAUUGGCCGAUAAAUAGAGGUUUUAAGAAAUCUUGGUGUCUUUUACCUGGUGCUGGUAAUCAUUAUAAAUAUAUCACAAGAGAUCCCAAAACUGGUGAACAAGCCCCCUUUUUACCAAAUUUAUUUGUUGAAGACGAUCAUGAAAUUGUACCUGAAACUUUGCCUGAUAAUUUUUAUUCAACUAUUCAUUAUACUGAUAAGGCUAUUGAAUUCAUUGAUCAAACACCUGAGAAUGAACCAUUUUUUGGGUUCUUGACAUAUACUGCUCCACAUUGGCCAUAUCAAGCUCCACAAGAUAGAAUUGCAAAGUAUGAUGGAUUUUAUGAUCUAGGGCCAGAAGAGUUAAGAAGAAAAAGAUUAGCUAAAGCUUUGGAGUUAGGUAUAAUUGAAGAGAAUGUGAAGCCACAUCCAAUAACCACUAUUCGUAAAGAUUGGAAAGAUUUAACCAAAGAAGAAAAAGCUAUUGAGAUCAAAAUCGUUCAAGCUUAUGCAGCAAUGGUUGAAAUAUUAGAUGAGCAAAUAGGUAGAGUUAUUGAUCAUUUAGAAUCAAAAGGUGAAUUAGAUAACACAUUUGUAUUAUUUAUGUCAGAUAAUGGGGCAGAAGGUAUGAUAAUGGAAGCAUUACCCUUGUCAAAUCAAAGAAUAUCAACUUUUGUUGAUAAAUAUUACGAUAACUCGUUGGAAAAUAUAGGUAAUUAUAAUUCAUUUACAUUUUAUGGUGAUCAAUGGGCACAAGCUGCUACUGCCCCUCAUUCAAUGUAUAAAGCAUGGUCAACUGAAGGAGCGAUAGUUUGUCCAUUAAUUUUACAUUAUCCACCUUUAAUUAAAUCUCAACAUGGUAAAAUCUUAAAAGAAUUUACUACAGUAAUGGAUAUUUUACCAACAGUGUUGGACUUAGCUGGUGUCAAACACCCAGGUAAGACAUAUAAAGGUAGAUCAAUUGCUGAACCAAGAGGUAAGUCAUGGAAACAAUAUAUAUCCGGUCAAGCCCCAUAUGUACAUGAUCAAAAUACAGUAACGGGGUGGGAAUUAUUUGGACAACAAGCUAUAAGAAAAGGUGAUUACAAAGCUAUUUAUAUUCCAAAACCUUUUGGACCUGAAAAAUGGCAAUUAUUCAAUAUUAUAAAAGAUCCUGGUGAGAAUGAUGAUUUAGCUGAACAAGAGCCACAAAAGUUACAAGAAUUAACUGAUCAUUGGGCUGUUUAUGCUGCUGAGACCGGAUUAAUUGAAAUUAGUUCUGAUUUUUUCCAAUCUGAAAAAAUAUUAGGUGAAGAAGAUUAUGAAGUUAGUUAUAGAACAAUUUAUGAUUAA